AUGUCCACUGCGGUUCAAGGAUAUCAAGUUUUAUCUUACGUACUUGGUAUAUUGGUGAUCGUCCUUAAUGGAGUUCUUUUAGCUUCAAUGUGCAAGGAAAGGAAAAAGAUAUUUGUCACAAGAGUCUCCUAUCUCGUUGCCAGCCUAGCCGUAGCUGAUUGUCUGAAUGGUUUAUUUCUCAUCGUGGUACGUCAGCCUAUCAAAGCAAUCGAGUUUAAAAGUGAUAUUCGGACAAUCAUAGAACUUCCAUUAAUCUGGAUUGUAUUUUGUGCGUCUUUUCUUACAUUGUUCCUCAUGGCGGCAGAAAGAUUGAUCAUCGUUGCGCUACCAAUGGACUGGUCAAAUUUACUGACGAUCCCUCGAACGAUAUCCUGCAUUCUCUUUGUCUGGCUUCUAUCAAUUGCUUGUGGGGUUGCAGUUCACUAUAAACGAUUCUACACGCAGCUCGUCUUUUGUUCAUUCAUAGAAAUCAGCGCUCUGUGCUUUGUUGCAAUUCAUGUUUACAUUUUAUGGGUAUUUCGACGAAGAGAACAACGUCGUUUCAACGCGGUUGCCAACCAAGACUCGUCCCAGGUCACUCCUUGCCUUACAGACAUACCUCGCAAUCAAAAUAUUGCCUACAGGAAAGUUUCCAUUGUUGUUAUCAUUCUUCUGACCAUAUACAUUGUCACUGGUGUGCCUUUCUUUGUCUGCGUACAGAUGUUUACACUCAAUAACGCUUACACUUUUCAUAAUACUCUGGCAAGUAAAACCAACCUAGAUAUAUAUGAUACAUUGUAUAUAUACUUGUAUUCUCUUAUAUAUGUCAAUUGUUUAUCGAAUCCCAUAAUUUAUGCCUGGCGUUUAAGGAUGUAUCGAAAGGCUUUUUACAGUCUACUUCGACAGUGUAAACCCAAGGCUGCGUACGAUUUUCAGGGCUAGAAAUGGAAAGAUAUAUGGCCUGGCAGAACAAAUGCUCGACGGAAAUUGGACACAAAAUGGCCAUGUCACUGAGUAUUCAUUGGAUCGUGGGCUCAGCCAAAAAAUGUUCGCGUGCAAGUUUAAUUGUUUUAAUUUGUUCUUUGCCACAAUACUAGGAAAAAAUUGUAGUGAAUUGUAGUUUGAAGUGUUGAAUUCUAAAGAUAAAUAUAAAAUCCCAGGAAAGACUUUCAAACAAGACAUAUAACAAUAAAUCUAAUAAAGAGUGAAUUAAAGUCUUCGUUGUACCAAAAAUAAAUUGACUGAAUUCUGUAGUGCCAAUCAAAUUUUUUUUAUCAAAAAGACAAUUUUUGAGUCUAAAAGUAAACUGAAAUUGCAUUACAGAUUUUUUAAUAUUUGCUUUAUAUAUUACUGUUAGUCUAGUAAGUCAUCUAUACUGACAGUGAGAUAAUGCCCAAAAAAGAGACUAUUUUAUAGUGACAUUAGUGUAUACAGAUAUAUACCAUGUUUUGAGGCUAGCUACUUAAUUAGUAGCUAUAGAUAUAAUUUAGUGUCUAUAUAUUUGUAUAAUUGACAAAUUACUUCAUGCAUGGUCGGUUCGUUCGUAUAAUUCACUAUAAAACCCUGAUUCUGAAACUGAAACUACUUGAUCGCGCAGAUGCAGGCAGAUUGUAGAUGCAGCUUUCUCAACGACGAGGUUGAGUCUUUUCAUUAUUAUUAAUUAUAAAAAGCCUAUAUGAAAAUCUUGCUUCGACUUAUACUCGGGCAAAUGCCCAAUAUUGGCAUACAAUAGUUAUCUGCAUGCAAGUAAAUAAUAUUAAUACAAUAAUAGGCAUCCGGUUUUCUCAAUCUGAUCGGGCGGUCACAAUGGCAUAUAUGCUGCACAUCUAUAUUUACUGCCAUUGCUCCCAAUAUUGUCAUAUAGCUAUACAAGUUUAAGAGAUAUACAAGUUCAAUUUCAUGUAGCGAUAUAUUUGUUAUUUCGCGCAAAAUAAUGGACUUAUGGACUUAAAUGGUUUAAUAUAUAGUCAUACAGACGGUGUUAAAUGGUUUAGAAAGGGUGCUUAAUUAUAGCAGACAUGUUGAGAUUUUUUUUUACGCUACGAUUAAAACUUAAAAGGCAAACGUGCAGAAUAUAAUGUCACGACCAGCAGGAAAUCUACGACUACUUGUAUUAGCUCCACGCUGUGCCUAUUAUCACGCGGGCUACAUGGUUUUGACUUUUGACUGUGAUAAACCACAAAUACCAUGCGGUGCAUGCAACUGCUCUCGUUUUAAACUCUAUACUCUCUAGUUCUGAUGUGGAUUUUCCCACUGCUACUGACCAUAUUCUAUUUUAUAACAUAUACAAGUACAACAUUGUUGUUUUGUUAUAAUAUAGGAGAACUAUUUUUAUCAAUGGUAACAAAAAUAACAUUGUGGCAGUAAAUAAUUUCCUAAACGAAUUAGCAAGCCAUGCAUUGGACAUGGUCGGCAUGGAUUAGAUUAAGUUAAUAGGUUUGUCUCCGGUUUCUCCCAAUGAAUCGGCAAAAAAUUAAGCCAUGCGCGCGCGGUAAAUUGACUAUACAGUUAUCAAUCAACCAGUAGUGCCUAUAGAUAAUGGUGUAUUUAUCGUUUAAUGACGCAGUUAUAUCAUCUCAAUUUGGUGAAUGAAUAAGAAUUUAUUAUACAUGACCAUACAUAGAGGUCAAGUUGUGCAGAUGAUUGAAAAUGGAAAUAUACUAUAUAGUUGAAUAGAUUUAUGACUUCAUCGUUUGUGAGUGCGUAUACGAUUUUUAUUAAGAACGCUAUAAUUAUAAACGAGUUCGUACAAGCUGUGAGCCGCAGCGAACAUGCAUGCAUAUGUGAGCGAUCCCUCACCGCAAGGCGGAAUAAAUAACAAAACGGCCUCCUGCACUUGCCCCAGUUCGGCAGUUGUUAUAAUUCCUUAGGCUUAGCCCUUUAUAUAGAGAAUGCCCAGCAUACCACGAUAAAUUAAAGGCUUAUUACUGAGCACGCCAUGCAUCAUGGACAUGGUCUAUGCAAUUAUAGUGUUGUUCGAAAAUAAUGGUCAAUAGUUCUAUUUUGAGCAAUUGAGGUAUACUUCGAUUCAUGCCCUCAAAACCUCGACGUUGCCUUACGCAUACGCUUAAAUGACUGAAAACAUUUCCUGGCCACAAUUUGUGACGCUCUUUUCUGCUGACGCAAUUGCUAAACUUGUCAGUCGACACUUAGUAUUUAGUGAAUUCGUAUAUCUGGUCGCCGACAGUAUUUGUGUACCUAUAUAGGCUAUACUAAUCAUAACGAAGCAAACGCACUCGUAAAUCGAACAAGAGAAACGAACGAAGAGGCAAGAAUGUUGAACGGUACAAGAGAUGUGUAUAAAAUCGCGUUGCUUGGAUCCGAGGGCUCUGGAAAAACCGGUAAGGUAGCUGUAUUAUAAAUAUAGUCUUAUAUAUACACUUGAUAUAUAUCAGCCUGUAGGCCUAUAUAUAUAGCCUAUACUGUUCAAAUAGCUAGAGCCCAGAGGUAGUCAAUAGCUUAAAAAAUGUCAAUACUUUAUAGAAUUAAUCUAGAUCUCUCAUUUUAUUUAUUUGUUACCAAAUAGCCUUCAGACUAUGUACAAUGAAACGUAGUCGAAACGAUCUAACAUAAUUUCUCACUCUGUCUGUAUAUAUCGUUAAUGUUUUCCUUUCCUCAUCCAAUUAUAAAGUGCUUAAUUGUUUAAAUUAAAAUAUUUGAAGAUUUUUAUCUAUUUUUCAUCUUGACUACCAAUUCAUUCUUCUGAGGAUAACGAACGGGAUAUUCUCUUAAAAUUUACUAAUUAGUAAGAUCAGAGCAAAGUAAUAUUUCAACUCAUCACUGACAUCACUCUUUAGGGUUUAGCUUCGGAACAAAGCCAGUCAGACAUGCAGAUGGCGUGUUUUAGCAGACCACAGGAAAUGUUUUCGCGAAAUUAUCUAAUUACGCGCAGCAUAUUAGAUAUCCGAGAACGUAGCUAUAUUAAGAAAUCGAUCAUCAUUGCAUCAAUUGAAAUAGUCUAUCAGUAGUAGUGACUUAGGAAACAUAAAAUUAUAUCAUUGCAUCUUUGGUCUAACUGUAGCGUACAAUCGAUGAAACUGAAUCUAACUGAUGAAAGAUGAGAGAGAUGGGAUUGUCAGGACAUAUGAACACGAUUUUUUUACAUAAAUUUUGAGCAGUUUAUGUAACAUUGAAGUGCCAACAGAUAUAUGACACUAAUUACAAGAGAAAUGCAGGUCAAUGCAAUGAUCAAUUGUGUUGCUCCAUUUAUUAAAAAUUUAAUUUCCUUUUGCCUUUUUGGCGAAUGUUAUAUUAUGCAACACAUGCAUCGAUUGAUCCAAAAUCCAUAACCUAAAAGUAUGCUAAGGCCAAAAAAGUACUCUGUUGUGUAGCCGUAGUAUUUCUGGUCAGUGCACGCGUCAACUUUUUUUUAUGAAAACACCUGAAUAUUAUAUAGUAGAUCUCAUUUUACCAUUAAACAUGCAAACUUGCAUGGUGACAGAUUAUCUUUAAGUACUAUUUAAAGCACGCGUAGGAGUGUUUUAUUACAUAUAAAACACGACGCGUAGCGGAGUGUUUUAUAUGUAAUAAAACACGACUACAAGUGCUUUAAAUGGUUUCAAAAACGACUCAUCUUAUACGAGUUCAUUGGCGAAGUAUUUUUUAAAAUAAACUUUGUCUAAACCGAGAAAAUCAAAGCUAAAGUUUAUGUAAAUUAACAUGAUUUUUUAUCACAUAUAAAACCACGACACGCUUAUGAUUUUUCUUUGUGUAUUUGUAAUGGAGUUUUUGAAGGAACUAUCAAUGUAUUCACUUAUGUCUGGUUUUCAUAUGAUCGUAACGGUCGUAAAGAUUGAGUCACGAUCUUUCUCAUCAGCCAAAAUACAACAUUUCAGAAGUGAAAAUAUGCGGAUGAUUAUAACUAGAGAAUACUUAUGAUUUAUAUGUGGUUUACAUGCAGGUAUAAACUGUUAUAAACUGCCUCUUGAGAAAUUCGUGACUCUAUUUUUACGACCAUUAAGAUCAUAUGGAAAUCAGGCUUUAGACUGAGAAACUAUAGACACUAUAUAGUAUAGAAAUGAACUCAACUUUUCAAGAAAUCGCGCGAGCAUCAAUUUUGGACAGACAAACACCAGCAUCCCAGAAACAGAUUAACUUUUGACCUAAGCCAUGCAUGCAAGGGUAAAUAUUCUGCAUCUAGGCAGGAUUUGGAACACAAAAAAAAAAAUUCCAGAAAUGCAACAUCAUUUGUAUAGGUGGAUCAUUUUUGGACCUUUUUCACGAGCAUUGUAUAGAGCUUAUAUAUAUAUUUUUCUCUAUUUAAUAGCGUUACUCGUUAGAUUUCUAACAGGACGAUAUAUAGUUGAUUAUGAUCCCACGAUAGGUAUGUAGUAGCAUUAACUAAUAUUAUACCUCAAAUAAAAGGAAAUAUCAUCACUCAAAGCGGGAAAUAUCAUCACUUCGGGUAAUAUUUCGCCGCCCUUGCUCCAGGUCUACAGAUCAAAUGAUAUUUCUGGCCAUGAUUUCAGGCCAUGUUUACUUGGCUAUAAAUUGAUCGGGGAUUAAACUUGUCUUUCAGAGGACACUUACAGGAAGAUAUUUGUGUUCAAUGACGAACCAGAAUCAGUGGACAUCCUGGAUACGGCGACUACUGUAAGAAUACACAAUUUAUAGAUUAAAAUUUGUCCAACUCUGUUUACAUCGUUCCUACAAUUUUCGUUCUUCCUGUCUCAAAUGCGUUUACCCAGACUCCGAAUUGGCCAAUUCGCGGCAGUACCGGAAAAAGGUGCCGAUACCGGCGUUAUGGAUUACGGCCGAUACGAGUAUCGGUUUUUAUCUUGUUUUGAUAUUUGGCCUUCGGGCUAACUGAAGGCCUCAAAAAAAUAUUAACUUGUUUCUAACACAAGUUUUUAUAAGUAACACUGGACCAAUAAGGGAUAUCGACAUAAUUGCAAUUGGAGUCUAUAUACCGAUAAAAUAUUCGUAAGGAUUGUGGUGGGAGUUUUGGUGUGGAAAUAUACGCAUGCGCACUAGGGUAUUGCAUUGUUUCCCUUAAACUUAAUUCGUAUAGUAUAUAUCAUAUGGAUUGUUACUCCAUUGCCAGAGACAUAUACAUGAAACUCGAAGAAUAAGUUAUUUUAGCAAGGGCUUUAAAAUUAACAUAGUUAUAUAUAAGUUAUCUAUGGUUGCAACAGGAACACUGGACCAAUAAGGGAUACGAGUAUCAGUUUUUAUCUUGUUUCGAUAUUUGGCCUUCGGGGCUAACUGAAGGCCUCAAAAAAAUAUUAACUUGUUUCUAACACAAGUUUUUAUAAGUAACACUGGACCAAUAAGGGAUACCAACAUAAGUGCAGUUGGUGUCUAUAUACCGAUAAAAUAUUCGUAAGGAUUGUGGUGAGAGUUUUGGUGUGGAAAUAUACGCAUGCGCACUAGCGUAUUGCAUUGUUUGGCUUAAAUUAAACUUAAUUCGUAUAGUUUAUAUCAAAAUGGAUUAUUACUCCAAUGCCAGAAACAUAUACAUGAAACUGAGCUGAAGGUAAUUCGAAGAAUAAGUUAUUUUAGCAAGGCCUUUUUCUUGUCAGUAUACUGAGCUUUAAAAUUAACAUAGUCACAGUUUUAUAUAGUUGCAACAGGAACCGUUUUGCUAUAGGCAGCCAUAGGCUUAUACGCAGAGUGAAAAUAUGCCGCAAGCUCACACAAAAUGCAAUGCGUAGUUUGCAAGUUUCGAAAUUAAUAUAGUCAGUGAUGUCACUAACGAUUUAAUUAAUGAAUAAUGGAUUUCAAUUUCACGCACUAGUUAAGCCGGUUUUCAACUAGGCGGAAUUUUGCGCGCGGAGCGGAAUUUUUCUUUGUCUUGUGCAGGGCGCUUAUACCCUGGUCUUGUGGAACUAAAGGCCGUUUUCCACUAGGCGAAAUUUUCCGCGCGGAACGGAAUUUUUCUUUGUCUUGUGACGCCCUUAAUUAGAAAAGACAAAGAAAAAUUCUGCUCUGUACGCAAAAUUCCGCCCCUCUCUCCUCCGCAGAGGCGAUUGGAAUAGGCUUACAUGUAAGCGCACGCUUUACGUAUUUGGAAGAUCAGUUUGUGGGUAUGCGUAAACAAGUCGAGAUUUACCUCAACUAUAAUUUAUCAGUGUAAUAUGUAAAUUUAAUUGUAAAGUUUAUAAGGGAGGUACCUCGCAUGGGCUUUUUCUGACCCGUUCGCACUUUUCCUUUUGGGUAAUACCUAUUUAUCGUUAUUGUUAAUAUUGCCAAUAAAGUUAUAAAGAUCACCUCUCCCCAAAUGUAAGAUUCAUGUAAGCCUAUUCCAAUCGCCUCUGCGGAGGAGAGAGAUUCCGCCCGAGUGGAAAACCGGCUUCAACUCUUUCUCGACAAGUAUCGCGCAUUUCAGUAUACGAUUUAAUUAGUUUCAUACACAUAAAACCGGCAGGUGGUGCUUGUUAGCCUGGUUCACAUAAAAUCGUUAAGCAGUCGCAGACUGUCGCAGACAUGUGCCGAAUUUUUAUAUGAACGAUCAACUUUCCCGAUCCGUCGCCGAUCCGGUCUCAGACAGUCUGCGCGAAUCUGCAUUUGUGUUCAUAUAAAAAUUCGGCACAUGCCUGCGACUGUCUGCGACUGCUUAACGAUUUUAUGUGAACCAGGCUUUAUGAGACUUUCAAAUUCAAAUUCAAAAUUUUAUUAACACUGUUUCAUAUCAUUACAUUUUUUUUAAAAUACAGGAAGAAAAAUAAAGUAUAUUGUAGGAGUUAAAAAUAAUUAAAUAUUUUGAAAUUUCAAACCAAAAAGUAGUAGUGAGCGACAGCCAGAGGAGCAAAGCUUUCGAGCUGGUUGCGACCAUACUGCGCAUGCCGAGUUUGGGGUCACCGCAUAGUAGUGGUUGCUUAGGGCCUGUUCAUAUGAUCCCGCUUACCGGGACGUCUCGCUUACCGAGACGAAUAUUUCCGUGCGUUCAUAUGGAGUAUUUCGUCCCGCUUGCCGAGAUGAAAUUACAUUGUAGUUCUAUAAUUAGCCUAUGCAAAACUUCCACAUUUCAGUCAAGCAACACAAAUACUUGGCGAUUUUAGUGUUUUUCUUCGUUUAUUUACAAGAAAAAGUAUUGCUUCAGGUGGUUAUUUAAUACUUGUUUACAAAACAAACAUAAAACCAAGUAAAAAGUGUUAAAUUAAACCGGCAAGACUUGUUCACUUCAUCCCGGUAAGCGGGCUGGCGUGUUCAUAUGGAAAAAUUUUCAUCCCGCCUACCUAUGAUCUCGGCAAAUUCAAACGAGAUCUCGGCAAGCGGGCCAGCUCGCUUUCUCAUAUGAACACAAUGCAAAAUUUUAUAGGAAAAUAGAUAGGCGGCGAGAUCAUCGGUAAGCGAGACGUCCCGGUAAGCGGGAUCAUAUGAACAGGCCCUUAAUGUCAAAACAGCAAGACAUUUUCCAAAAUAUUCGUUCUGAAAGAAGGCAGAACGACGACCGGAUAUGGAUUUAUUCGUGGAGAUACUUGAUUUCAAUACUAAAUAUUCCACCGAAACGUUCGAAAAUGACUGCUUUCACGAGGUUAGCAAACAGUAACCGAUCUUCAGGAUUGCCAUAAUUUCAAGUUAACAUUUCCAUCUCUUAUAUCCUCUGGUAAAAAUGGAAGGCCAUUGUAUAUGGGUCAUAUGCAAAUUAUAGGCUAUUUGUCGCUAAUUUCUUCUAAUGUUUGCCCGCGAACAUUAACUUCAUUGUUAUAGUAAACUGUCAUAUACUCUAUUUUGGAUACAGGGCGAUGUAAAGUCUGAGCUACGAAAGGAUUUUCUGAAAUAUGGCGACGCCUUUGUGAUCGUCUAUUCCGUCACUGACCGCAGCUCUUUUGAUAUGGUUCAAGUCUAUCGCCAGGAAAUCCUAGACGCGCGUGAAUCGCACGUGCAACAUAAUGUGAAACUGGUGGGCAACAAAACAGACCUGGAGAAAAAGAGACAAGUGUCAACAUACGAAGGAAAAAAGAUGGCAGAAAAAUAUGACUGGACAUUUUGCGAGGCCUCGGCUGCCUCGAAUAUUGGAAUAUCGGACGUUUUCUUUGGAUUAAAUGAAGUCACCAAACAUUCUUUAGCGGAAGUACUCGGCUCGAGUUCAGACUCCGACAGCACAAGCUCAAUGACAGCGGAAGAAUCGAGAGUAAAAACGAAGAAGAAAAGCUCUCAUCACAGAAGGGCAAAGUUUAAAGAUUUAAAACUUUUCCGAUGGCACUCGCAGCCAGAUCACAUUUGA